AUGCGCACUUGCUCAGUAAUGCCAUAUGUGUCUGCGUGCUGCUGUGCAGUGCGAAAACUGUUAGUCAGACUUUGAGGGUGAAUACUGAGAUAAGGGGAAAUGGGUAAAAAACAGAAGAACAAGAGCGACGACAGCACCAAAGAUGAUGUGGAUAUUGAUGCUCUUGCUGCUGAAAUAGAAGGAGCUGGUGCUGCCAAGGAACAGGACUCCUCAAAAUCAAAGUCGAAAAAGAAGAAAAGUAAAAAGGGCCAGGACUUUGAUGAAGACGAUAUUCUUAAAGAACUAGAAGAACUUACUCUAGAAAACCAAGGGGGAAAAACUGACAAGGAUCUUUCUGUGAGCAAGAAAUCAGAAAGUAAAGACGAGGACAUAGAUUUGCCUCCAGUCAAGAGUGAAAAGAAAAAAACAAGGAAAGGAAAGAAGCAGAGCUCUGAAGCUGAUGAGGAAGCAGAGCAAUUUGACAAUGGGAUGGAGAAUAACACUGAAAAAGCCAAAAAGGUGGCCAAGCAAACGCCUGCUGCCCCUGCUGUUACUCAAGAUAUUUCAGAUGAUGAGGAUGAAAUCAAGUCUACAAAGAAAGGUGCAGGGAACAAAAAAAAUCGGAAAAAGGAUGCCUCGGACUCUGAAGAUGAAGAUUACAGUGUUAAAGGGGUCCAGAAAACUGCAGAUAUUAGGGAUUCACCAGGUGAAAGCGAUGAUGAUACAGACAGUUUUUCCAGAAAGAAAAAAAAAGGGCAAAAGAAGAACCAGAAGCCUAAAGCAGGUGGUAGUACUACCAAGAUAGAGAGUGAUGGAGAGGAUGAAGAUGAUGUUGGCUCCUUCAAGAUUAAGACAGCAGCUCAGAAAAAAGCAGAAAAGAAGGAGCGAGAACGCAAAAAGAAAGAGGAAGAGAAGGCAAAGUUGAAAAAGUUAAAAGAGCAGGAGACAAGUGAACCUACUAAAAAAGAAGAUGUGAAGAAAGCAGAAAUGGCAGCACCUAAAGCAGAGCCUAAAUCAGUGCAGCCUGCUGCUUCUGAGGAUAAAGAGGGGGCAGAGGAUGCUGGAGGGGAAGAUGAUAAUGAUGGCGAAAAGAAAAAAAAGGACAAGAAGAAGAAAAAAGGUGAGAAGGAGGAAAAAGAGAAGAAAAAAGGUCCCAGUAAAGCUACUGUAAAGGCUAUGCAGGAGGCUCUGGCACGAAUGAAAGAAGAGGAGGAGAGGGCAAAAAGGGAAGAGGAAGAGCGUUUGCGGAGACUGGAGGAGCAGGAGGCUCAGCGCUUGGAGCAGGAAAGAUUAGAGCAAGAGCGAAAAGAAAGGAAGAAGCAAAAAGAGAAAGAGCGAAAAGAGCGUUUGAAGAAAGAAGGAAAAUUACUGACCAAAUCUCAAAAAGAGGCUCGUGCCAGAGCUGAAGCCACUUUGAAAUUCCGUCAGGCUCAAGGUGUCGAAGUGCCAUCCAAAGAUUCAGUGCCAAAGAAGAAACCGGUAUAUGUUGACAAGAAGAAAAAGAAAAUUCUGCCACAUAAUCAGGAAGAACAAACAGAGGCGUCAUCACCUACUAAUGAGACUGAAGAACAGAAGUUGUUGGAACCCACUGUUGAUAGAGAAACUCGUCAAGAUCAAGAAGUUAAAACUUUAAAACCAGAAGCUGAUAUUGAUGACUGGGAAGCAAUGGCAAGUGAUGAAGAAAAGGCCAAAGAGGUUAAGAAGGUACACAUUGAGGUAAAAGAAAAUGCUGGAGUGGAAGUAGAUCAGGGGAAAGAUGAGGAAGAAGAGGAAAGUGAGGAGGAUGUAGAUGAUGAGGAUGAUGAUGAGGAGGAGGAGGAGGAAGAAGAUGAAGAGGAAGGAGAGGAGGAUGAUGAGGAAGAGGAUGAUAAGGGGGCAGAUAAGAGCAUAGAUGGAAAAGAUCAAAAACAACAACUAGCAAUUUCAAAAAAAGAAAAAAUACCAAGUAAAGAUUUUAGCUCUAGUUCAGAAACAGAGAGUGAUUCAGACGAUGGACGCACUAAAGAGGAGCAACUCUACGACAGAGCCAAGAGGCGUAUAGAAAAACGCCGUGCUGAAAAUUUAAAGAAUGUUAACCAAGAGAAACUACGUGCUCCAGUCAUUUGUGUCCUAGGACAUGUUGAUACAGGAAAAACCAAGAUCUUAGAUAAGCUACGGCAUACACAUGUACAGGACAGUGAAGCAGGAGGUAUCACUCAGCAGAUUGGUGCUACCAAUGUUCCUCUAGAAACAGUGAUUGAGCAGACCAAGAUGGUGAAAAAUUUUGACAGAGAGAAUAUCAAGAUUCCAGGGAUGCUAAUCAUUGAUACUCCAGGUCAUGAGUCUUUCAGUAAUUUGAGGAAUCGUGGAAGUUCUCUUUGUGAUAUUGCUAUCCUGGUGGUGGAUAUUAUGCAUGGCCUGGAGCCUCAGACCAUUGAAUCAAUAAACCUGCUAAAGGAAAAAAAGUGUCCUUUCAUUGUUGCACUUAAUAAGAUUGAUAGGUUGUAUGACUGGAAAAAGAGCCCAGAAACUGAUGUGGUUGCUACUCUGAAAAAACAAAAGAAAAAUACAAAGGAUGAGUUUGAUGAAAGAGCCAAAUCUAUCAUUGUGGAGUUUGCUCAGCAGGGUUUAAAUGCAGCCUUGUUUCAUGAAAACAAAGAUCCUCGCACUUUUCUUUCUCUGGUUCCCACCUCCGCUCACACUGGAGAUGGAAUGAGUAAUUUAAUUGCCUUGCUGGUGGAACUUACUCAGACCAUGUUAAGUAAGAGGCUAGCCCACUCUGAAGAGCUACGAGCACAGGUCAUGGAGGUGAAAGCCCUACCAGGUAUGGGGACAACUAUUGAUGUCAUCCUUAUUAAUGGUUGCUUGAAAGAAGGAGAAACCAUCAUUGUUCCUGGAGUGGAAGGGCCUAUUGUCACUCAGAUUAGGGGUCUACUACUGCCUCCACCACUGAAGGAGCUACGUGUUAAAAAUCAGUAUGAGAAGCACAAAGAAGUAUCCACGGCUCAAGGAGUUAAGAUUCUUGGAAAGGACCUGGAGAAGACUCUAGCAGGCCUUCCCCUGCUGGUAGCUUAUAAAGAGGAUGAAAUUCCUGUAUUAAAGGAUGAACUGAUUAGAGAGCUGAAACAAACUCUCAGUUCCAUUAAGCUUGAAGAAAAAGGAGUGUAUGUCCAGGCAUCUACUCUUGGUUCCUUAGAAGCUCUACUUGAAUUUCUGCGGACUUCAAAAGUGCCCUAUGCUGGGAUCAACAUUGGACCCGUUCACAAGAAGGAUGUCAUGAAGGCUUCAACAAUGUUGGAGCAUGAUCCCCAGUAUGCAGUUAUUCUCGCUUUUGAUGUGAAGAUUGAACGAGACUCACAAGAGCUCGCUGACAGCUUAGGUGUUCGAAUCUUCAGUGCAGAAAUCAUCUACCACUUGUUUGAUGCCUUCACAAAAUACAGAGAAGACUACAAGAAGCAGAAACAGGAAGAAUUUAAGAACAUUGCAGUAUUUCCAUGCAAGCUUCGGAUUAUUCCACAGUGUAUUUUUAACUCCAGAGACCCAAUUGUCAUGGGAGUGCAUGUUGAGGGUGGAGUCCUUCGAUUUGGCACCCCGUUAUGUGUGCCAAGUAAAGGGUUUGUUGACAUUGGAAUUGUUACGGGUAUUGAAAAUAACCACAAGGCUAUAGAUGUUGCAAAGAAGGGCAUGGAGAUCUGUGUUAAAAUUGAACCCAUUCCUGGUGAAUCUCCAAAAAUGUAUGGUCGGCACUUUGAAGCGACAGACCUCCUAGUUAGUAAGAUCAGCCGACAGUCUAUUGAUGCCCUAAAGGACUGGUUUAGAGAUGAGAUGCAGAAAUCUGACUGGCAGCUUAUAAUGGAGCUGAAGAAGACAUUUGAAAUUAUUUAAAUGGGACUUGUCAAUGACCGAGUGUUACAGUCAUCCCAGCAGAAAGCUGAUGUCAGAAUCCUGUGGGAGCUCAGAGCGCACAGUCGACGGAAAUGUUUUCUGUGAGAAACCAGAUUAUUUCCACUGUUUUGGCAGUGAUCUGUUUUACAAGUACAUACGAUUCCAAUGUGCCUGUUUUUUUUUUUUUUUUCUCGCCCCUCUCUUGCUUUUUCUAAAAUGGCUGCUGUUUUAAGGUGCCCUACCCAUCCUUCGGAUUGUGGAUUAAGAAAUCUAAAAACUGUGCUGAUUUUAAUUGUUUGAAACACCAUAGUGUUUUUUGAAUGGCUAAGUUUCCAAUAUGCACAGUUACUGCUCUUCAGUUAGCGGUCUCUUAAGGGAAAAUUGUAAAACCACUUUGUCCAGCACCGGGAAUUAUUUUUUCUUUCAAGAAAACAGAUUGUCCAAAUUUUGGCUGUUUUGAAUUGCACAGCCAGAGCUGUUUAUUUAUAAAUGGAACAAACUCCUCACUUCAGCAGCAUUUUAUCUUUUGUACAGUACUAAAAAGAUGGACCACUCCAGCCUGUACACCUUCAUGAUGGUCAAUAAAAAGAGAAGAAAAUCGUGAUUCUUAAUGUGCAUAUAUAGGAAAGAUGACUGGAAACAUUCAAACAUCAGACUACUUUGUCGUAAAGUUUAUUUUAAAUCAGAUUAAAUAAAAAGAUUGAUUUCUU